CCUCAUGCAUGUACCCGCACUGAACCGCAACCCUCACUCUCCUUCUUUCCCUCACAGGACCACCAUCCAUCGUUACUCAAAGAUCUCCAAACACACAGAAGGUACUAAUCUCUCUCUCUCUCUCUCUCUCUCUAACUCUCUUGAAAACCAUGACAACAGAGACAACGUCAACGCCCGACCCGAAUACAAAUCCUGCUCCUGCUCCUGCUCCAACUCCAACUCCAAACCCGAAUCCAAGCUCCCUAAUCCACCCACGCCGGGAGCCAUUCGAGCACGGACUCUUACCAAUCCCCAAACUAAUCUUCCCUGACCCGACCCCAACCCUAAUACAGCUCAAACAACAGCUCUCUACUCACAACCGAGUCAACUCUUCCUUACUCGCUGACUCUCUCCAGAUCUCCACCGACCACGCGAGGCUGAUUCUCGACACGCUCGCUUCGGUUCUGCACUCUGAUUCCGACCCGCUUGUAAAAGCCCGGUCCGAUGAGGUUGAUUCGGCUGGUGCCGAUUUGCGUGAUCUGAUAUUGUUUCUAUACAUUCAGUCUUACAAGAAAUUGUUGCCGAGAACGCAUAAAGAUGCCGCUUCUGUUGCUGAUGUUUGGCCGUCGACUUCAGCUUUUGAUGGUUACCUGUCGGCUUUAUCGCCGCUUCAGCUUGUGCGUAGCAACAACCGCCGGUUUAUGCCAUCGCAGGCAGAUGAAGAGGCUCAUCAGUUGUCCUACCUGCAAAAGCACAUGGCUAACAUUCUCUCUCUUUUGGCAGAGCCUGUGGAAGGAGAAGGGGAAGGGGAAGGAGAAGGAGAAGAGUCUCUGGUUUUGUCUAUGGAAGGAUUCGAGCACCUUGGAUUUCUUCUUCAAUUUGGUGACAAAGGAUCUGAAGUAGUUACCUUAAGCCAAGCUGCCCCAUUUUUUGCCAAUUCAGAUCCAGACAUGCCUGCCGUUCCUGCUCCUGCUACACAAGUCCAUGACUGGAUUUCACAGAAUAUAGCAUCUGCUUUGGAACAUAUUACUGAAAGAAUUUCUGCAAAAGAAAAUGGGCCAGCCAAUUCAUCUGAUUCUGAUGUAGCCAUGACUGAUGCCUGUACAAGUUCUAUCAAGACCCCACCUAGUGCUAGGGGUUCAUGUUUUAUCGAGGGGAUCUCCAAGUCAUCAUUUGUAAAGCAAGCAUCAGAUCUUAAAGGUUCUUCUUCUGUAAAGGUUCUGAAUUGCCAUGAUUCCAUCCUUUACAUCUUAGCACCUUUGAGAUAUGCUACCAUUUAUGGAUGCUCUGAUGCUACUAUAGUCCUUGGAGCUGUUGGCAAGGCUGUAAGGAUUGAACAUUGUGAGCGAGUUCAUGUUAUUACAGCAGCUAAACGAGUCUGCAUUGCCAAUUGUCGUGAAUGUGUGUUCUUUCUUGGGGUAAAUCAACGACCACUAAUUGUUGGUGAUAACCAUAAGCUACAGGUGGCACCGUAUAAUACAUUUUAUUCAGAGUUGGAGGAGCACAUGGCUGAUGCAGGCAUUGACGCAACCAUCAACAGAUGGGAUGAAACUUUGGCCUUGGGAGUGGUUGAUCCCCAUGAUUCAUUAUCCCACCCUGCUGGUGUCUCUGAUUUUCAAGCUGAACCAGCUGCGCGGGUAGACCCUGACCAAUUCACGAACUUUCUGAUUCCCAAUUGGUUUGGAGCUGAAUCUCCAGGGUCAACCAAAGACAAUCCAUUUCAAUUACCCGAGGCUUACAUGGCAUCUCAGCAGAGAAAUCAAAAGAAUUUGGCAGAGACAAAGAAAUUAUUGAGGGAAGCUCCUCUUGAAGAAAAUCAAAAGCGAGAAUUGUCAAGUGCACUCCACCUGUUAUUUAAAGACUGGUUAUAUGCUUCAGGAAAUGUCAGACAGCUUUACUGCCUACAAGGCGAUUGAUGUCAAAUGAUGGAUGAUUAUGUGGUGCCAUCGAGGAUGACUUCGGGUGCAAUCAAGGAUGGUUUUGGAAGCUUUUUCGUGUUGUUUCUGUUUCAAUGGUAUCGUAGACAGAGGCAGCAGAGAAUCAACCCUAUUUACUUUGAUAAUUCGGAGUGGACAUCUAUCCUUAUUUGGUAGUAGAUAGAGGUAUCAGAGAAUCAACCCUGUGCGCUUUGAUUCUUUGCAGUGGACAUUUAUCCGGUAACAUUGGUGCCUAAAAUGCGCUGUCUAUGCUAAUCUAAUUGUAAUAAUUUUUGGAAAGGAAAUUUGACUGUAAUAGUUGUUGAUUUAGGUUCACAAUCAUGCUUAGUUGGUUCUAAUA